GAAUUCCUUUCGCCUUACGCAGAGAGAAAUUGAGAUUUGAGAUAAGUAUUUUUCUCUUCGAUUCAUUGCAUGGCGACAGCGAGAACCGUCAAGGAUGUUUCGCCUCACGAUUUCGUGAAGGCUUACGCUUCUCACCUUAAGCGUUCUGGCAAGAUGGAGCUUCCUGAGUGGACAGAUAUUGUAAAAACUGCAAAAUUUAAGGAACUGGCUCCUUAUGAUCCUGACUGGUAUUAUGUUAGAGCGGCCUCCAUGGCAAGAAAGAUCUAUUUGAGAGGUGGUCUCGGUGUUGGUGCUUUUAGAAGGAUCUAUGGUGGAAGCAAGAGAAAUGGAAGCCGCCCCCCGCACUUCUGCAAGAGCAGCGGAGCUGUUGCCAGACACAUUCUGCAACAGUUACAAAACAUGAAUAUUGUUGAGCUUGAUACAAAAGGAGGUAGGAGAAUCACAUCUAGUGGUCGAAGGGAUCUUGACCAAGUUGCUGGGCGAAUUGUGGUUGCUACUUGAUCGAACAUGAUACUGAGAAUUGAUGAUGCAUAUCCUAGGAUUUGUCUUUUCUGAUUAGUAGAUGGCAUCAAGGGAAAAUUAAGUAUUGUUUGUCAAACAUUUUGCAAUAUGUUUUUCUUAUAAACGUUUGACCUUUAUUCUAGUUUGGAGUUUUGGUCUUUAAGGUUUUGAUUUAAGAUUAUCAAUGCAUUAUCUUCUCUACAUUGUAUUGAACGAUAUAGACUUAAGUGAUGCUUGCCCUUCCCAUCAA